CUUUCCUUUGUCUAUCCCGACGUUUACGAGCUAUCUGCAAAGUCAUCGCCGCUGCUCGCCGUUCUUCCUCAGAUUUCAAACAGGGGAUCGCUUCUGAAUCUUCUGUUUGCGAUCAGCAUAUGAGGGAAUCAAGAACUUCUUAUUUCCUUGUGAUCUGCGCGGCCUCCGUGUUCCUUUAAUCGUUGCAGGGUUGCCGAGUGCGUGGGCUUUGGAUUUAAUUGCUCUUAGAGCGAGGAUGUCGUGGGUCCAGCGGGACCCUUCGGACAACGAUAGGGAGCCAUUUGUGGAGAUGGAUCCGACCGGAAGGUAUGGUAGGUAUGCAGACAUCCUCGGCAUCGGUGCUACCAAAAAGGUUUACAGAGGCUUCGAUCAGGAGGAUGGGAUUGAGGUGGCUUGGAAUCAAGUGACGCUGCGUAGUUUCAAAGAGGACUCGCAGAUGCUUAAUAGAAUCUUCUCGGAGGUGCGACUUCUCCGGUCUCUGCGUCACGAGAACAUUAUCAUGCUCUAUAACGUGUGGACCGACGACGAAGCCGGGACUCUGAAUUUUAUAACGGAGGUAUGCACUUCCGGUAAUCUCAGAGAAUACCGAAAAAAGCAUUGUCAUGUCUCCCUCAAGGCAUUGAAGAAGUGGUGUCGCCAGAUCCUUGUUGGUCUGGAUUACCUCCAUAAGCAUGAUCCUUGCAUCAUUCACCGGGAUCUCAACUGCAGUAAUGUGUUCAUGAAUGGGAACACCGGCGAGGUGAAGAUCGGUGACCUGGGCCUAGCUGCAGUUGUUGGCAACAGGCACUUGGCCCACUCAAUCCUCGGUACGCCGGAGUUCAUGGCGCCGGAGCUGUACGAGGAAGACUACACGGAGCAAGUGGAUAUUUACUCGUUCGGCAUGUGCGUGCUAGAGAUGAUGACGAACGAAAUACCCUACAGCGAGUGCGACUCCGUGCCCAAAAUCUACCGCAAAGUCACCGCCGGCAUUCGCCCAGCCUCCCUCAGUAAGGUACGCGACCACGAAAUCCACUCCUUCAUCGAACGGUGCCUCGGCAAUCCCCGCUUCCGUCCCUCCGCCUCCGAGCUUCUCAAAGAUCACUUCUUCGCCGGCCUCGAAGUCAUGCCCACCGCCCCCCCACUUCCCUGGCCGCCCGCACGUGUUCCAUCUGCUCACUCCGUUGACAAAUCUGGCGAGCAGAAGGCGGCGGACCAUUCGACGUCUUCAGCCACCGCCGGUCGUGCAGCCGCGACUAUGCUUUAGUACUCCAGGUUUUGUUUGUUGAUGAUUUUAUGGUUUUUUGAUUCUUCAAGUCUUCAUAUGAUCGAAUAGGAAUUUUUCAGGCGCCUUGUUUUUUUGAUGGGCAAUGAUCAGUGCUAUGCAUCUGGUGGUAAUUCGCAUAUGUUCUUGAAAUAUUAGAUCAAUAUUACGUUGUGAAUUAUUUUUGUGUGUGU